AUGGAAAGAAUAGAUAGAACAGAAAAUCUAUGUACUUUACCUGUAGGUGAAUCAAGUCAAUUUUUCGUAUCAAAAUUACCAAAUGAUCGAUCAACAGGGGUAGGAAGUUUUACUGUUGGUAUCACCGGUCCAUCAACUGUUUUUCUUGAUGCAAAUGAAACUGAGCAUGGUUAUGAAUUUCAUUAUAAACCAAUGCGAACUGGUAAAUAUAUUAUCACAAUAAAAAACGGUGAAAAACAUAUUCAAGGCAGUCCAUUUAUAUGUCGUGUUUUUGAUAAACUCAAUGAAAAUUGUACAGUUUCAUCAAGAAUGCGUGAAAAAGAAAAUGAUGUAGGGAGUGAGGCAACAACAUGUACUACAACGCAAGCAACAACAAGUUGUAAUUCCUUAAUGCCUGUUCAGUCAAUUUUAAAUCCGAUUCGUUCAUCAACACGGUCACUAACUCAUGUUGAUCUUGAUAUUCUUCGUUCGUCAAUGACUGGUGAUGCAUCACAAGUAUGUGUUUUUGGAACAGGCCUCUAUGAAACGAAACCACGAAGAAAAGCAACAUUUCAAAUUGAUGCUACUCAAGCAGGUCCUGGAUUACUUUUAGUUGGUCUUUAUUCUUCGCUUGGAUCAUAUGAACGUCUUGUUGUUAAACGUAUAACGUCAGCGUCUUUUACUUACGUUUACAAAGUGUCUUAUAGAGUUCGAAUACGUGGUCAAUAUAUGUUAGUUAUUCUUUAUGGAUCAAAUAUGCAACAUGUGCCGGGAAGUCCUUAUCUUAUUACCGUUGAAUGA